AACAGACCUAAUAUCUUCUAUGUUUUAUGUAAUAUCUAUUUAUUUUUUGUUAUUUAUUGAACCUACAUACAAAUAAAACAAAACAAAGUAAACUUCUAAAUAAUAUAUUUUUCAUUUUCAUUUUAGUUGAAAUAUAAUUUGAUUUUCAAUACCAAACUAUAUAAUAUCAAUAUUCAGAAUAAGUUAAUUGUUACGUAUUAAAAACAAUGCAAGAACAAAUGAAGAAGCCAAAAUAUCCAAAAUGAAUAGUAGAAGUCAAGGUCAACAUAGUGGACUCUAACAAUAUCAACGAAGUCAACCGUUGAAGAAAUUAAAUAACUUGUCUAAUAAGUUCUUCUUUUUUCUUGGAUUAAAUACUUGUUUGAAGCAAAUUCAGAGACACUGUCUUCGUCUUCAUCUUUGCUAUGGCCGUUACUUCGCUUCUCGAUACCGUUUUCCGACGUAGAAAGAAGAAGUCUACUGAGUUUAUAAGCUCAGUUUUCGAAUUCGACUUGGACACCAUUAAAGCUGCAACAAAUGAUUUCUCAGAACUGGUUGGUCGUGGCGGAUUUGGUUUUGUUUACAAGGGUAGGCUUCAAAAUGGACAAGAAAUAGCAGUCAAGAUUUUGUCUACAAGUUCAAUUAGAACUGAGAGACAGUUUCAUAACGAACUUAUUAUUUUGUCUAAGCUUAAACACAAGAAUCUGAUCAAUCUUCUUGGUUUCUGCACUAAACGAGACCAACAUGGUCUUGUUUACGAGUUCAUGCCUAACUCAAGCCUCGAUUGUUUUAUACUCGACCCACACAGAGCUGCUCAGCUAAAUUGGGAGAUGUGCCGAAACAUUAUUGAUGGCAUAGCUCGAGGGCUACGUUACCUUCAUGAAGAAUCCGGGUUAUGGGUCGUUCACCGCGACAUUAAACCUGGAAACAUUCUAUUGGAUUCAGAUUUGAAACCGAAAAUAGUGGGAUUUGAAUUGGCGAGGACGAUGCAACAAGGUGAAAACGCAGCUGAAACAACUGAAAUUGUCGGUACCGUAGGGUAUUUAGAUCCGGAGUACAUACGAAGCGGACGUGUUUCCGUCAAAUCUGACGUUUAUGCCUUUGGAGUUACAAUCUUGACGAUCAUUAGCAGAAGGAAGGCUUGGAGUGUGGACGGAGACUCUCUAAUCAAAUAUGUUAGGAGAUGCUGGAACAGAGGAGAAGCCAUAGAUGUGAUCCAUGAAGUGAUGAGGGAAGAAGAAAGAGAAUAUUCGAUAAGCGAAAUCUUGAGAUACAUUCACAUUGCUUUGCUAUGUGUGGAUGAGAAUGCUGAGAGAAGGCCGAAUAUUGAUAAAGUUCUGCAUUGGUUUAGUUGUUUCUCUACUCCUUUACCUGAUCCAACAUUUGGUAAUAGAUUUCUUGUAGAGGAAGAAACAAAUUGGCCCUGGUCGCCAUCUUUAUCUCCUGGUCACAGCUCUGUCACGUCACCCAUAUCUUCACGUUAAGGAGAUUGAGUGCUCUGUUUUAUUAGACUGACGAGAGUUUAUGAUGAAAAGAAUUGUUGGUUGAUAAGUUCAAGUCGUAAUUUGCUAUUGUCUUCUUCUUUUUGUGCCCAAAUCCAGUAAGACCAUUUAGGACGAUUCAACAAUUAUUU